CACACACACACACACCGCCGUAUCGCUCUGAGUGUCUCUGAUCAGAAGCUGAAUGAUUGACAUGACGCUCGGACGAUCUUCAUCCUCCUCAUCCUCUCCGUCUCCAGGCGACUUCAUCAGGAAGAACCGGAAAUUCCGGUCUACUAAAGGAGCCUCUAAAGCUCGCCGUGAUCUGAUUAAUGCGGAGAUUCAGACUCUGCGCGCGCUGCUGCCGAUCAGCCCUGACGAGCGCGAGCGUCUCUCCUACCUGCACGCGAUGUCCGUCAUCUGCGCCUUCAUCCGGAAAUCCGUCCUGCUCGCACGCGGUGCAGAUGAAGAUGUCCCUCCUCCUCUUCCUCUGUAUGGAGACGUCCUGCACGCGCUGCCCGGGUUCCUCGUGCUGAUGACACGCGAGGGCAGAUUACUGUACGUCUCAGAGAGUGUGUCUCAGCACCUCGGCCUGUCCAUGGUGGAGGUUCUUCAGGGAGACACAUUUUACAGCAUGAUCUCCAACAGUGACUCAGAGAAGGUCAGGUUCCACCUGCAAGACGAGAACUUUAACACAGAUCGGACCUGUGUGUGUGUUUUCAGGACCAGUAGACAGUUCUGCCCCCUGCUGGUCAGAUUGCGUGUGUUUGACCCUCAGCGGGGCCUCGUUGUCGCUCUGUGUUCUCCCUUAGGGACAGGGAGGGGCAACUUUACCACCACACACACACUGGAUAUGAGAUACACACACACACACAACAGUGUAGUGUUACAUUUGGGUUAUGAGGCAGAGGAGCUGAUUGGUCGAUCUUGGUACAGCAUCAUCCACCCUGACGACCUGUUACUGAGCGCUCACGGACACAGACAACUGAUGCACUGUGAGCAGGUAGACAUGGUGCUGCGAGUGCAGGAUAAACAGCUGAACUGGAUUUGGCUUUACAUCAUCGCCACAAGACACACACAGAGUCACAUGAUCACCUGCACCAAUUACAUCAUCAGUGACGUCCAGGCGGAGGAUCUCAGACACACUCUCAGUGUUGCGCCGUUCGUUUCUUCUCCUCCAUCCAUCAGCUCCCCAGUAUCCCAGAAUUCCCGGCACUCCACCAAGCGGCCAGCAGAGGGCAGCACUGAGAGUGGUAGAAGGAAAAACAGACGAGUGUCUACAGUGGCGUCUGCCUCUCCACCCUACAGCCCUGACGCCUCCCUCUCUCCUCCUGCACAGGAAGUUGGAAACAUAGACUUCCUGUUCAGCUCUUCAGCAUUCUGCCCAUUUUACCGCUGCCCUCCUCAGAACGUCCAGUGGCCCAGCCUUGAUGUCACCCCUCUGACUCCGCCCACAAUCUGUUACCCCGAUGAGAUCAGAGUUCCAGACGUUCACGCAGAACUUUCGGGCAGCUUGUCUGACAGCUUCCUGUACCUCGAGCACAGCAAUGUGUUUCCUCCAUCAGUGACUGGAAGUGAUAGAACAUUUCAUGCCCCAGAGGAUCAUGGGUGGUCAGUGCUGACUCCGCCUCCCCCUGAGUUACAGUACAGUGAGAUGGAGCAGGCUGAGAUCAGCGUUCUUGCUCAGCAGAUCUCCUCUCUGGCCAGCAGCUUUGAUUCAUACUGUAAUAAAAGCUCCGCCCAUCGACAUGGCUCGCUGUGCUGUGACCCUGAGGCCUUCCUGUUGGACGAGGAAUUGAUUGACAGUGUAAUGCAGGUUCCCAGGGCUACGCUGGAGGUUCAGGCUCUCGAGGCUCUACUGGAUUUAGAGCAUAGUUCAGAGGAACAAAAAUACGAGUUCAGCCUUUAUCCACACGCACAGCAAGAUAAUUUUACGGAAUCUUUGUAUUGAAAUGGAAUAUGGAUCUGACUCCGCCCCUCUGACUGUGACUCCACCCCUGUGGCCUGGGACUGUAACACUACCUCUAUCACACACUUUAUAUUUAAAUAUUAUAAUUGC